AUGGCAAUUUGUACAUUUGUCAAUGGAAAUUUACCAAAAAAAAUUAUCGGCGGUCAAACGGUACAAAUUGAAAAAUAUUCAUAUCAAGUAUCGAUACAAUAUCAAAAUUAUCAUAUUUGCGGAGGAUCAAUUAUUUCGUAUCAUCAUAUUUUAACAGCCGCAAGUUGUGUAUCAUCUGAUCGUAAUGUGUACUAUGCAAAUAUUGAAAUACUAAGCGGAACAAAUGAUCUCAUGAGACAAACUAUUGGCUGGAAUAUAAAUAAAGUUUCACGUAUAUUAUUACAUGAAGACUAUGAUCCUUUAAAUUAUUGGAUUAAUGAUAUUGCACUUGUUUUAGUGACAGAACCAUUGAUUUUAAAUUUUUUGCGUUCGGCAAUUCCAUUACCAUCAGCAGCUAUUCUUGGAAAUGUAUAUUUUGUAACUGGCUGGGGUAUCAAUCCAUUGACUGACACAAUGACGAGACAUCUUCAAUUUAUUUAUGUCCAAUCAUUUAAUCCAAUUUUAUGUCGUCGAAAAUAUUACAAUGAACUUUUAGCUCCUUUUCAAAAUUCUCAAUAUUGUUUUGAACCAAUUUUACAAACAGCAAAGAUCACUUGGGGAAAUGGUGGAAGCUCAAUCAUCGAGUCGAAUAAAAUUGUUGGAAUUAUUUCAGCUAUUUCGGUAUUGACAAGUCGUCAUGUUGUAUAUACACGAGUUGAAAAAUAUCCCAAUUGGAUUGAAAAUAAUAUGCAAAAGAUUUUCAAAUAA